AUGUGGCCCACGCUGCUGCUGCUGGUGGCCCUGGGUGUGCUGGCCCUGGGGCGGGUGGCCCACAAGCUGCUGGCCCCGUCCGGCAACCCCUUUGCUGGGCCACCCCUGGAGCCCCCCCGGCCGCUGGUGACGGACCAACGUGCCCGGGACAGGGUGCUGAAGCGGGUGCCCAGUGGUUGCCAUGGGCAGUGGUUAAUCCCACACCUGUGCCCAGGGUUCAGGCCCCAGCGGGUGCCAGAGCAGCUGGACGCCGUGGUCAUCGGCAGUGGCGUGGGGGGGCUGGCAGUGGCCGCCACCCUGGCCAAGGCGGGCCGGCGGGUGCUGGUGCUGGAGCAGCAUGACAAGGCCGGCGGGUGCUGCCACACCUUCCAGCAGCACGGCAUCGAGUUUGACGUCGGCAUCCACUACGUGGGGCAGCUGCACGAGGGCAGCCUCCUGCGUGUGGCACUGGACCAGCUGACGGACGGGCAGCUCUGCUGGCAGCGCCUGCCCGACCCCUACGACGAGGUGACCCUGGGACCCCGGCGCUACCAGCUGCGCGCCGGCAAGGUGGCCUUUGUCACCGCGCUGGAGGAGCAGUUCCCUGCGGAGAAGGCGGCCAUCAGGGAGUUCAUGAAGAUUUCCAAGGUGGCCUCGCGGCAUGUGGCACUGCUGGCCGUGCUGAAGCUGGUCCCACGCUGGGUGACCACCCUCCUGCUCCGCUCUGGCCUCCUGUCCCUUCUGUCCCCUGUGUUCCGCCUGGCCACCACCAGCCACAGCCAGGCUGUGGCCCAGCUCACCUCUGACCCCGACCUGCGUGCCCUGCUCGGCUACCUCUUCUAUGGAACGGCCCCGCGGGACUCCAGCUUCCUGGUCAACGUGCUGAUGGUUCACCACUACCAGCGGGGGGCCUGGUACCCGCGGGGGGGGGCCAGCGAGAUCGCCUUCCACGCCGUGCCCGUCAUCGAGCGCGCGGGGGGGGCCGUGCUGGUGCGCGCCCCCGUCACGCGCGUCCUCGUCAGCCCCGCCGGCACCGCCCUGGGGGUGGCGGUGCAGGUGGGGUCCAGCAAGGAGGAGCUGGAGAUCCGCGUGCCCCUUGUCAUCUCCGAUGCUGGAAUCUUCAACACCUUCGGCAAACUGCUGCCCCCCCGGAUCCGCAGCCACCCCGGUGUCCAAUCCCGCCUGGCCAUGGUGCGGCCGAGCAUGGGCUCCUUCCUGGUGUUCGUGGGGCUGCGGGGCAGCGCAGCUGAGCUGGGCCUGCCCCCCACCAACUUCUGGAUCUACCCCCACAACGACCUGGACACUAUGAUGACCCGCUACGCUGCCCUGAGCCGUGACGACGUCCCUGAAAACCUGGCCAUGAUGUUCAUCACCUUCCCCGCUGCCAAGGACCCCACCUACGAGCAGCGGCACCCAGGCCGGUCGUGCAUGACCAUCCUGACCAUGGCACGGUACGAGUGGUUUGAGGAGUGGGCCGGGAGCCUCCCCAGGCACCGCAGCCCCGACUACCAGCAGUACAAGAUGUCCAUCGCCCAGCAGCUGCUGGAGAGGGCCCUGCUCCGCUUUCCACACCUGAGGGACAAGGUGGAGUUCGUGGAGGCGGCAUCACCACUCACCAACCAGCACUACCUGGCAGCCCCGCACGGGGCGAUGUAUGGCGCCGAGCACGACCUGGGCCGCUUCUGCCCCGCCGUGAUGGCCACCCUGAGAGCCGACACCCCCGUGAGGAACCUCUACCUGACAGGGCAGGACGUGUUCUCCUGCGGGCUGGCAGGGGCUGUGCACGGGGGGCUGCUCUGCGCUUCGGCUGUCCUGGGCCGCCUGCUCUACCUGGACCUGCUGCUCCUCAAGAGGAAGAUCAAGCGGCGCCAGGACCGGCACACGGCGUGAGGGGGACACCGGCCAUGAGGACACCGGGUGUGGGGACACCUGUCCUAGGGAAUGGCUUUGGGCUGGGAGUUUGCUCCCAGCUCAGUAAACCCUGAUGUCCCACUGGCCUCUGCCUGUCUCUGGGAAUGAGGAUAGAAUAGGGGUGGGGAUGGAGAUAGGAUGGGGAUGGAAAAGG